AUGAUAGCUACCGGUGAAAAUAACUCUGCAAAUUUUAAAACAUCUUGGAAACCUUUAAAGAAUAUACUUGUUGCAACAUUUUCAUCAUGGAAAAUUUUAAAUGCAUCCUUUUAUAGUGUAUAUAUUUAUGAAUAUUUAUCACAAAUUCGCUCUUUUUAUGAUAUUUUGUCGACUCUUCCAAAUUAUCAUAUUCGAGCUGUGUUAAAAGCGAAUAACAUUCUUCUUAAGCGCAUUGGACGUCCACUUAGAAAGCUUUCAGAUAUUCUGAUUCUUCUUAUCCUCGAAAAUCCAUUUCUUUUUCAACAUAUUUAUAAAAAUGAAUCUAAUAAUAUUAUCAAACGCACAUUUGGUUAUAUUAGUAGCAUGUCAAAUGAAAUCCGUCAUUAUAUCAUUAAUUGGUUUUGCAAUUAUGAUCCAAAUAUUUUAUAUAAAAAGAUACAACUCUGUAAUAGCUUUAUUUCCAAAAUACUUUAUAAAUAUACACAAAGAUGGAUAGUCAAAGUGAUUAUGACACUAAUUGGAGAAUUAAAAUUCACAUCUAAUAAUCAAAAAACAACUUUUCUUUCAGAAUUUUAUAAUGCUAUGUUAGAUAACUUAAAAACUUUCUGUACCGGUUUAGUCGAGGAAUUUCAACAUCUAUUAACAUUUGAAGAAUAUGUUAAAAGAUAUACCAGUUUUAUUUUGAAUACAUCUAUUUCAAAACAAUUUGGGCCACUCAAAAGAGAAUUUUAUCAUGUUUUUAGAGGAAAUACUCUUUCUCUUUUUAGACAAGAAGAAAUAGAACUCCUUAUACGAGGAUCACCCGAAAGCCUUCAUGUUGAUCAAUUAUGUGCAGUUGCUGUAUAUGAUAGUUCAAAUUCUUUGCAGACAAGAUUACUUGCUUUUGUUACAAGAUCAGAUCAUAUUCCAGCUACAGGCGCUGCUAAUCUUUUAUUUAAAAUUUUUAUUCUUGCAGAUGAUUGCAAUAGAUAUCCUAUCGCACAUACAUGUAAAUUUAUAUAA